AUGUCUGUUACAGGCUUUAAAAACACCGAUGAGAAAGUACCCUUAAAUCACAGCAUCAAGAAGGAGAAAACCGUAAUACAUGUUGAUUCUCUGUCUUCAUCAUACUCUGUGAAAAAUAUUCAAGUUGGAACCUGUUUGCUUCUGGUGGAGCUGUGUGAGAGAUUUACUUUCUUUGAAGUCGUCUGCAAUAUGAUCCCCUUUUGCACCGCCAAGCUUGGCUAUCGCAAUUACCAGGCCGCCAUUUUGAACUUGUGUUUUAUUGGAACUUCAAUCCUUACCCCGGUGUUUGCAGGAUGGCUCGCUGAUGUCUGUCUAGGAAGAAACAAACUGGUACAUAUUUGCUUAUUUCUGCAUUUUCUAGGCUCUGCUUUGUUAUCUGUGGCUGCUUUUCCCUUGGAGGAUUUCCACAUAGGCACUCACCAUGUGAUUAAUAACAUACCGAAAAACGAGCAGACCAGGCUGCUUCACGUAGCGCUGUUGGCCGUCUGCCUUGGCACAGGAGGAAUAAAAGCGAUCGUCUGUCCACCAGGCGCUUACAGCCUUCAGGAGUGUGGAUCCCAGAAACGAAUGUCCUUUUUUAACUGGUUUUAUUGGAUCGUGAACCUAAAUGCAACUGUUGUUUUUCUGGGAAUAUCUUAUAUCCAAUACUCGGGGGCCUGGGCCCUGGUUUUACUUAUUCCUUUUAUGUCUACACUUAUGGUUCUGAUAACUCUCCAUAUGAUGCACUAUAACCUGAUUUAGCAGCCAGAAAAGUGUUGCUCCCUUCUGACAACCUUUGGGGUGUUUGUUAAUGCGCUAAAAACAUGCUGUCUGCGGUAUUGCCAUCUUGGCGGAGGUGUGACAAGCUGGUUAGACCAUGCCAAGGAAACAAAUGGCGGCUGCUACACUGAGCUCCAUGUGGAAGACACAAAGUUUUUCUUAACCCUUCUCCCUCUCUUCAUUUUUCAGCUCCUCUACAGAGUGUGCAUUGUGCAGAUUCCUUCAGGAUAUUAUCUGCAGACCAUGAAUUCCAACUUGAAUUUGGGUGGAUUUCUUCUGCCAGUUGCAAUAAUGAAUAUCGUCAGCAUCCUACCACCACUAAUUCUGGCUCCUUUUAUGGAGUAUUUCAGCACCUACCAAUCUCCCCCUAAGAGAGAUGGCCCAUUUCUGUCGGCAUGCAUUAUUGCUGGCAUUCUUUCUGCUGCACUGUCUGUGAUGGUAGCUGGCUUCUUCAAAAUACACAGAAAGCACUUCCCUCCAGUGGAGCAGCCUCUUUCAGGCAAAGUUGUCACUGUUUCCUCCAGGCCCUGUUUCCACCUGGUUCUUCAAUACAUUUUACUUGGAGUAGCUGAAACCCUGGUCAACCCAGCCUUCUAUGUAAUAUCAUACAGAUUGGUACUCAGAGGAACACUUAUGGAUUGUUUGACCCUGUUCAAUGGAUUUGGUUGUUUCAUGGGAGCACUGCUGGUGGAGUUGAUCUACCUCAUCUCGGAAGGCAAUUGGUUUCCAAACACAUUAAACAAAGGCAAUUUAGAAAGCUUCUUCUUCUUCUUGGCAUCAUUAACGUUGUUGAACAUCCUGGGAUUCUGGAGUGUUUCACAAAGAUAUUGUAAUCUAAAUCAUUUUAAUGCCCAGAACAUCAGUGGAAGUAAUCUUGAAGAAACACUUCCCCUCCAUGAAAAGUCUCUGACAUUUUAUGGCACUACACAGGAAUUUUCUUCGAGUAUUGAUCUCUGGGAAACGGCCCUAUGA